AUGGUCUGUCAACUAAUUCAAGGAGUAUUCUCUCUGCUGCUCUUCCUAACUCCAGCAGUAACAGCAACAUGGUAUGCAGGUUCAGGUUACUAUCCAGAUGAAAACUACAAUGAAGUAUAUGCUGAAGAGGUCCCACGGGCUCCUGCCCUAGACUACCGAGUCCCCCGAUGGUGUUAUACAUUAAAUAUCCAGGAUGGAGAAGUGGCAUGCUACUCACCAAGGGGAGGAAAUUAUCACAGCAGCCUGGGCACUCGUUGUGAACUCGCUUGUGACCGAGGUUUUCGAUUGAUUGGACGGAGGUCAGUACAAUGCCUCCCAAGCCGCCGGUGGUCUGGAACUGGAUACUGCAGGCAGAUGAGAUGCCACACAUUGCCAUUCAUCACUAGUGGCACCUACACGUGCACAAAUGGGGUGCUUCUUGACUCCCGCUGUGACUACAGCUGUUCCAGUGGCUACCACCUGGAAGGUGACCGCAGCCGCAUCUGCAUGGAAGAUGGGCAAUGGAGUGGAGGCGAGCCUGUAUGUGUAGACAUAGAUCCCCCCAAGAUCCGUUGUCCCCAUUCACGUGAGAAGAUGGCAGAGCCAGAGAAGUUGACUGCUCGAGUAUACUGGGACCCACCAUUGGUAAAAGAUUCUGCUGAUGGUACGAUCACCAGGGUGACACUUCGGGGCCCUGAGCCUGGCUCUCAUUUUCCUGAAGGAGAGCAUGUGAUUCGUUACACUGCCUAUGACAGAGCCUACAAUCGAGCCAGCUGCAAGUUCAUUGUGAAAGUCCAAGUGAGACGCUGCCCAACUCUGAAACCACCACAGCAUGGCUACCUCUCCUGCACUUCAGCAGGGGAUAACUAUGGUGCCACCUGUGAAUACUACUGUGAUGGUGGUUAUGAGCGCCAAGGGACCCCCUCCCGGGUCUGCCAGUCCAGCCGUCAGUGGUCAGGAUCACCACCCAUCUGUAUUCCUAUGAAGAUUAAUGUUAAUGUUAACUCAGCGGCUGGCCUUCUGGAUCAAUUCUUUGAGAAACGGCGACUCCUCAUUAUCUCAGCUCCUGAUUCUUCCAACCGAUAUUAUAAAAUGCAGAUCUCUAUGCUACAGCAAUCCACCUGUGGGCUAGACCUGCGUCAUGUGACCAUCAUCGAGCUGGUGGGGCAGCCACCUCAGGAGGUGGGGCGAAUCCGGGAGCAGCAGCUGUCAGCCAACAUCAUUGAGGAGCUCAGGCAAUUUCAGCACCUGACCCGCUCCUACUUCAACAUGGUAUUGAUUGACAAGCAGGGUGUAGACCGUGAACGCUACAUGGAACCUGUCACUCCUGAGGAAAUAUUCACCUUUGUUGAUGACUACUUAUUGAGCAAUCAGGAGCUGGCCCAACGCAGGGAACAAAGGGAUGUAUGCGAGUGA